AAAUGUAAAGAUUAUGAAUGAAAGGAAAAUUAGUAAAGAAUAUACUUAAUGUGCUAGGAGUGGACAAAGUGAUAGAUACUCGCACCGUUCCUGGGGACAGCGGCUCCAGAGGAGGCGCUAGUGACACAUCCGGAGCUCAAGCCGCCGUUGAAGCCCGAAGAAGAAGCGGCACGUGACGUCAUGAUGACGCCGGUGAGCAGCUGAACCCGGAAGAGAGAGAGACGCCCGAGCGGAGACAUAUAAACAAACGAAUCGAGCUGAAAAACAUCGAAUUAAACCAUCAGACCUUAUAAAACCGCAGUGAACAUUAACAUGGACGACACACUCUUCCAGCUUAAGUUCACAGCGAAGCAGCUGGAGCGACUGGCCAAAAAGGCAGAGAAAGACUCCAAAGCCGAACAAGCCAAAGUAAAAAAGGCUCUCCAGCAGAAGAACGUGGAGUGUGCUCGUGUGUACGCAGAGAAUGCCAUUCGCAAGAAGAACGAGGGUCUGAAUUGGCUGCGUAUGGCGUCUCGCGUGGACGCCGUGGCCUCGAAGGUCCAGACGGCCGUGACUAUGAAGGGGGUCACGAAAAGCAUGACGCAGGUGACUAAAGCUCUGGAUAAGGCUCUGAAUUCCAUGGACCUGCAGAAAGUGUCGGCUGUCAUGGACAAGUUUGAGAGCCAGGUUCAGAAUCUAGACGUUCACACCUCGGUGAUGGAGGACUCCAUGAGCUCUGCCACCACGCUGAGCACGCCGCAGGAGCAGGUGGAUGAUCUGAUCCUGCAGAUCGCGGAGGAGAGCGGCCUGGAGGUGGAGGACCAGCUCAGUCAGCUGCCAGCGGGAGCCUCGUCACUGGGAGAGACGUCAGUGCGCUCGCAGGACAAAGAAGACCAGCUCUCCAGACGGUUGGCAGCUUUACGUAACUGAUGGCGUUCAGAGAUUCAAUCAAACCUUUCCUGCGUGGAGGACGCUGGUUUUUAUAAACCAGUCCAUUUAUGCACAUUAUCUCCCACACUUUGAUGAAAACAUGUACUGUCUCUCCUUCAUCUGUCAGCUCUUUAUUUCUCAGUGUCUCCGUCAUCAAACAUGACUGUGUCUGUCAAAAGAGCACAAGUCAUUUCCCCUCUUUAUUUCUGGACGAGAAAGAUCAGGAAGCUUAUUUCUACUCUACGCAGGGCUUCUGAUGCAGAGGAGGGCUCUUGGGUUUUGCUCAUUCUCUUUACCGACACUGUGUUGAUUGAAGUUUGCAUAUUUAUUUAAACCUGAUAGAGACUGAUCGUUCAUAAUGUCAGUGUAGUAUACAGCGCGUGAAAUGCAUGAUUUUCUCCUGAGUUUGCUUCAGUUCCUCAUGCCUUACUUGGGUGCUUCUUGCGUUCAGUGCCUCCAUCAUAUUACAAGAGUGUAUGAAUCCACCCCAGAUAUAAACACACACACACCAUAUUGUAAUGGAAUCUUAUUUUCUCAUAUUUCUGUAAGAGCCUUUGGUUCCUGCUGCAGUUGUGCUGUGUUUCCUCCGGAUCCGCUCGGGUGUAGGGUUAGAUCAGUUUCUUCUGAGCAUUCAUCAUGUAAAUAAAUAAAAUCAUUCUAAUAUCAGUUCUGAAAUGCAUCUUAUGUGGCAUGUUCCAGUGCUACUGUUUUUUUAAGCAGCUUAGUCCGUUAAACAACAUUUGACAUGAAGAUGUUUACAGCUCGUUCAUGCUUGUAAAAGCCCCUGAGCUGAACCUGUAGAUUCCUGGUGAUAAUCCUCACUGACGGCAGGUGGUUUUGAUUCUGAGCUCGUAUGGACAGAAGAACCAGCUCAAAGCCACAGAAGCUCUGUUAACAACACUGUUCUGUCAGUACCAUCCUGUACAACACCAAAUAUGACACGUUUUACACCCAAGUAAUGCUGAUUUACAGCAUGGGAAGACAUAAAGUGAUGCUAGAUGAUUGAGAAUGUAGAAUGCCUCUUCCAGUUAUUCAUGCCAUAAAUAACUAAUGUUAGAAAUGUUCCACUACACAUACAUGCUUUAUUACCAUUACUGUAUGUUUAUCGAAUGCAAGCACAUAAUAAAUUUUCUGAUCUUG